AUGGCAAGCAUUCAAAAUUACGAAUACGAUGCCUCGACCCUCCAGCUGACCUCCAGGCUGCUAAAGCAGAAUCCCGAGUUCUACACGAUAUGGAAUCAUCGCCGCCGCAUCCUCAGCGAUAUCAUUAGCCAACUUCCUUCCAGUAACCCACAACAUACUACCGGCAGCCUUGAGAAUCCCGAUUCCGUUAUCUCACGUCUCAUUUCAAACGAUCUUUACUUCACCUUACCCCUGCUCCGCAAGUUCCCAAAGUGCUACUGGAUAUGGAACUACCGGUCAUGGCUUCUCCAGCAAUGCAACGCUCUACUCCCCUCAUACAUAGCGCGUCAAUUCUGGGAAGAUGAGCUGACUCUUGUUGCUAAGAUGCACGCGUUAGAUAGCCGCAAUUUCCAUGGGUGGGGCUAUCGUAGGGGCGUCGUUGCUGCACUAGAUAGUCCUGCUUUGCAAAUCGGCUCCACCGAGAAUCAAGUGGUGGAUAAUGGUGAAAGCGAUGGGACAAAAGAGGGUGGUGAGAAGCCGGGCAGUUUGACUGAAGAGGAAUUCGAGUACACGACGACAAUGUUGGACUUCAACCUUUCAAAUUUCUCAGCGUGGCAUCGAAGAAGUAAAGUGAUUCCUCGCCUUCUAGAUGAGAGAAAUGCAGGUAAGGACGAAAGACUGAAGCUGCUAGAUGAAGACUUAGAGUGGAUACAAGGCGCCCUAUGGGCGUCUGGGGACGACUCGAGUCUAUGGUUCUACCACCAAUUCUUGUUGUCAAUUUUCGACCCCGAUUCGGCUGAGAGUUCGAUCGUGAAGGACAUUACGGCAGAAGAGAGGAACACAUACGUAGCUGACGAACUGCAGAAAGUAAACGACAUGUUAAAAGGCGCGGAGGAUUGCAAGUGGAUCUAUCUGGCAUUGAUUCGUAUGGGGAUGCUGCAUCGGAAAUUGACAGGGAAGUGGAAGACGGAGAGACAGAAAUUGGUGGAGUAUAUUAAGAUUUUGCACCAGGUGGAUCCAUUGAGGGCCGGGCGGUGGCAGGACCUAAAGAAAGAAUUGGAGGCGUGGGAAUGA